GUUUGAUUGCGCGGGUUACGCAUUGGGACCAGAGCGUGACUAAAGGUUGGAGUAAUGGGUGCUUAUAAGUUUAUGCAGGAGCUUUACCGCCGGAAACAGUCUGAUGUUAUGCGUUAUAUACAACGUAUGAGAUGCUGGGAAUAUCGGCAAUCUCAUGCAAUCGUUCGCGUAACUCGACCAUCUCGUCCUGAUAGGGCUAGAAGAUUGGGUUAUAAGGCCAAACAGGGCUAUGCCAUCUACCGUAUUCGAAUUCGACGAGGUGGUAGAAAACGUCAAGUUCCAAAGGGUGCAACGUAUGGUAAACCUGCUGGUGAAGGUGUUAACCAAUUGAAAAACCAGCGAUCAAUACAAGCAGUUGCAGAGGAGCGAGUAGGUCGGAAGUGUGGUGCUCUUCGCAUUCUAAACUCCUACUGGGUUGGAGAGGAUAGCACGUUUAAAUUCUAUGAAGUUAUUUGCAUAGAUCCUUUUCAUAAAGCAAUCAGACGUGACCCUCAAAUUCGUUGGAUAUGCAAAGCUCACCAGAAACACAGGGAAAUGCGAGGUCUUACAUCCGCUGGUUACAAGUCAAGAGGUCUCGGCAAAGGACACAAGUACCAUAAGACAAUUGGCGGUUCUAGACGUGCAGCUUGGAAGCGUCUCAAUACUGUAGAGAUGCGACGAAAACGCUAAUUUUUUAAUUACAUGCCUUGGGUACGCAGUUUAUUCUUUUUCUAUUGCAUGACUCCUAUGAACGGUGUGUUCUUGAAGUUCAACACGCUAACCUGGUUGGAAAGCUCCGUUUUUUUGCUUGCGUAAGUUAUUUGACUACAUUGUUAGGGAAGUGAGAUGCGGGUUUCACUCUCCCCCAAGACAAUUCUGAAAGAAACCUCUUGUUUAUCAUCCUGAUCCAUACAAACUACUCAAAACAUAUGAAUCUUGCUAUUUUAAAUUACUUAGCUUGUCUGACAGCUCGUGUUGCACAUUGCAUCAAGAUAAUAAUACACGCAGAAAAUCUCUAGCAAUUUUACAUCGGGAACUAGUCGCAGUCAAAAGGACUCAUGAACUGCAAUCUGAAUGUUUAGUUUCAUCCCCGUUAUUUCGACGAGUUAGUGUUUCCUUUCGGAUUCCAUUUUCCUGUUUUAUUGACAGGUUAGAGGAUACGCUUGGCUCUGUCUAGGUAUUUAUUGCGGACAUUUGCUCAUAUAUAUCUUGGGCUACUAAGCUGAUGAUAAACGAUAGUUCAGAGGUUGGUUUGAAGGCGUGUACGAUUGAAUAGUCACCUGUGGUUCAGAUGCCGCGCGUGUAUUAGGCGACAAUUCAUUACUGACUUAUCGAAACCAAGUCACUAAUGGGAGUGACCGUGGGACGUGUCAAUGGUGUUCUACUAGCAUAUAAUUUACUUUACUAAAAAGGUACUGGCAAAAAAUGUAUUCAAUUCUACCUCUUUUCGAGUCGGCGUAGGUGUGUGUAGUGUACCGACCUUCCAAAUACCUAUAUUAUCAAGCUACUUAUUAAAAAGCAGGCCAAGUCUACUCAGGGAAGAUAUGAUUUUAGCUCGGUAAAGCUUUUUUUAGAUUCCCUUCAGCUGUAUGUACAGCUUUCCUGCUGAGAAACAUGCUUUACCUUCUUAGUCAUCUCAAAAUGCAGUACGCAGCUCUUGUCCCCAGUAGUACUUAUUCACCGAUGGGUAUGAUGAUUACGGCGUCCAUGUGCUAAGGUCCUGAACGACGUAGUGGUGGAAGAAGUUUCGAGGUACAAUCACAAAUCAUUGCAAUAUAAAUGACUUUGAAAAAGCUACUUCUUGUCUAAGCUUGUUCAUUAUUAGGGUGAGUGCGUGGUAAUUUAUUUUUUGAAUAACUGCAAUCACAAACAAAGAUUUAGUGAUUAAUAAGGGGGAAGCUCGAGUAGUUCAUCUCAUUCCCUAUCGAUCCUUAAACCCAAAUAGCCUCAUUUACUGAAUGAUAAUGGUAGGGUCCGCAUAACAUUUGUUUUUAUUGAUGACAAUAAACAUUGCUUAGAGCUUAUAAUUCAUCCUAUUUGGCGUAACACUCAAAUGAUAAUCAGUGUUUCUGCAGUCACAUCCUUAUCAUUAUCAGAUAAUAGAUGUCUCUAUCAAUUUGUGAACUAGUGUACUGCUCGGCAGUUCGUCCCGUCCUUCUUUAAGGCUGCGAAACGUGGUCACUAAGAGUACGAGAAACUCGUAAGCUACUAGUAUUUGAUUAAUGGCGUCUUAGAAAUGCUGCUCCUAUCUCAUGAGAUCACCGGGUAAGUAACAGUGAGGUUAGACCCAGGGUAUUAAGGAAUGAUGGUAAAUCAGUUGAUGAGGUUCUAAAUCUUCAUGGAUUGAGAUGGUUGGGCCACGUUACGGACGCCCAACGACCGAUUACCACGAAUUGCGAUGCUGAUUCUUGUUAAAGACUGUUGGAAUAAAGGGGUGGUCGGUCCAUGAAGUCACUAACUUCUGAUCUGAACCAUCUUGGUAGAUGCAGACUACUUGGUUGGGGUUCGUGUGAGUAUCUUGACCAAUAGUUGGAGACUGGGUAAGAAUCGACCACGAUGACGUUGGUAUUUACUCUCCUUGAAUCGUGAGGUUAAAAUCACGUCAUACCUCCGCUUCUGUAUUAUAUUCGUGUACUAUAUUUUAUAUAUUACUACUACUGAAUUAACUACUUCCGUAAAUUUGGUGUUGAUCUUGUCCUAAUGAAGUGUGGCAACUUUGACUGAUGCGCAUAUAUCCCUGGUCCUACGUUGUAGCUGACUGAUAGUGGUUAGCGUAUAAUAAAAAAGUGAUAAUUAGUUAGCAGGGCCUAGAUCUUGUCUCUUGUUAAAAGGUACGGAAGGCACGAAGUAUCAAAUAAUCCAUACAUGUAUGAAUACUGGGUUCGCUCUCAGCUGUUCAAUUGUGUGGCAUCGUAUUAGCGUAUUCUGACAAGCAAUAAGGAAAUAGGUUCGUAGCAAAACACCAUCUCUGUCAGUGUUUUCUAAUGUAGUCGUUAUCGUCAUGAGCUCUUAUCGGUCCCUGGGACUUUAUCAGUUCCCCACUUCAGUAUACGUACAUACCUAAAAUUGCGGUUGUAAAAUGUGCCUGCGUACCCUGAAGUCAUGUAUGAUUCGGUAUACAAGCAUCCACAAUAAUGAUCUGAAGCACUAAAGGUAUGUACAAAGUUAUUUACAAACAUGGAAGUGUAUGAAGCUACCUGAAAUGGCCAGUGUAGUAAUUUCAAAAGCAAAUACUAUUUCGUGAGCAGUUGGUUUCCGGUCUCAAGGUUUUACUGCAUACAGAAAUAAACUGGGAACAAACGACAAGACGGUACUGCAUAUAGUCAAACGACAAACUGGAGUAUAAGGUGUUCAUACUUAGAAAGUAAAUUAGCAUACAUAUGUUUACAACACAUUGAAUAGGAAAGCAUACUCGCUAUGUACCAGGUAUGUCGAUGGUUUGUCACUUAGCACCUGCUAAGCACAAAGCGUCCUUUUGCAUGUUAUUGACAGUGGAAACAGAGUGUCUAGAUCAUCUACAGAGUCCAGUCAAGGAAAUUACAGAUGUCAGCAGUUAGACCUGAAAAUUGCAUUAGAAUAUCCAACAGUAAAUCCUCAAUAUUUCUGACAUCCUUCUCAAAUGUUCUUCAAAAGCCACACGACUGUAUUGAUGAUGAACAGCUAAAAAGUACAUCGGCAGAAGUUCCCGAAUUUAUGGCUGCACAAAGUGAAUUUUCUAGUCUUCAACGCUGAAUUUUUUUAGUAGAUAUGUCGGGAUCUCCAAACAUUCAUUUAUUUUCAAAAUUAACUUUAGUUUUUUUGUGUUUUGAGGUCUAGAGCAAUGUAUUUCAAACAGUGAAUCCCCAAGACCAUCCUUGUAAUGAAUCGUUAAGUUGAUAAAAAAAACUCUUCAAACCCAUAACGUUUAAUGCUAACUCACAGACUGAAGCGUCAGAGAACAGAGCGCAUAGGCACAAUUUCUCAUCACUGCCGCUAAACAAACAGUUCCCCUAUUAGUUCUGAUAUUUUACCCUCAAUAUUGAAAAGCAACCUUUUUGCGCUAAUUGCUUUGGAAUGAAAACCAAAAUAAUUUAGUAGAUUUUUCUCGGUAAAGUGAACAUAAUUGUCAGUAACGAUUGAGAUAAUAAAAAAGCAACCAUACAUUUUGUUCAAAUUGUACUGUAGUGAUUAAAAAAUACCAGUGAAUUUGUAAACACAAACGAACGAUGAGUAAGAUAAAACUAGUGGACUAAAGGACUCACAACUAUGGGUGUUUUUACACAAAUACCUAUAAUGAUUAGAAGUAUUCAAAAUGAAUCGCUAACUAAGAAUCCACGAAGUGGUUCAAUUUAGGAUAAGUAGAGCUAGAUGAGCACAACUGGACGUAUUAUGUUUGGAAUUCGAAAUAAGCAAUCGAGUACAAGAGAGCCGUUAGUCAGUACAAUUACAACGAUCGCCACAGCGUAAGUAGGGAUCCAGAUUUCUGUAAUUGAAUGCACAUCUACUUUGGCCCAGCAUGUGUCUGUCCAGCUGUACUGGGUGUCAACUGUAUGAUCUAGAAUAUACUAUUGUUAUUAGAAUUAAUAACUGAGAUGGGAACGGGCUCACCUGGUUCUUGGAAAUGUAGUUGUGUGUCCUUGAUUCCUCUGUGUUGUACAGUCUUCAAAGCAUCUGUAGUACCUUGAUACGUCAAUGGGGUAGUCCACGUAACAUUCUGACCACGAGGUAUAACUUCGACGUUAGUUGGUUCGUCACACCACUAACGUAACUCGAGUAGGCCUCCAAUCAUUUCGACAUAGAUCAUCUACGCUGGUGAGUAAGACUUCGAAUAACGCAACCUAUCAUUAUAAUCCUUAUUAUUGCAUUCUAUACUUAUUCGUUGCUUUAUCUCAAUGUUGACUGGCAUUUAAACUUAAAUACUUAGUUCAAUCGAUAGAACUAACUAAUCAACAACGAUUAUAAUGGACUAUCGUGGUUCCUAGACAAGCAUCAGCAGCAUGUAAAUGCUCCUGUGUAAUAUGUCUGUUAAAAUAUCAACCACACGCGAGUAUAGCCACAAGACAAUACGAACGUACAUCUCUUUGUAACUUAUCCACCAAUAUAAGCGAGACAAGAAUAACUGUCAACUAUAAACUCAUUUUUCUACUAACCAAUAUCCACUAGGAUGUUUUACUAUUUUUUAACACCGCCUGCCUAAUUUCUAAUUGCUGAGUUCCGUGGCCAAACAGAGGAAGAGAAUGCUAGAAAUUUACGGUGAGUUUGAAAUAUAAAUUUUCUGCAAUCUCAGAUCUCGUUUACACUGUUCGUCUGACAAUGCUACGUAUUUGGCCUAAAUUAAUUUUGGACUUGUACAAAUUCAUUCUACAACGUUGUUUUAAUCCAAGAAUUUAAUCAACAGUACUUCGUAUAUAAUCCAGAAUCGAACUACUGUCUACUUCAUUACUUGGAAGCAUGAGUAGCCCAGGAGUGUUUCAUAAUUGCUUUAGAUUAUUUCUUACCAUGUUUCUGAUGCCUAAUAACACUUCGUAGUUUCUUUCACAUGAAAUAGUUGUAUAUUCUGUCAAUGCCGUCAAGUUCUAGUCAAAAUCAUGUACAUUUAUGACUCGUUAGUCGACAUACAUAUUGCAUAUACACGAGCAAUCUUAUUCCACGUUCUCAGUAGACACUUCGUCGUACGUAAUAUGUCACUUAACGCUAGGCGAUAAGCUCUUUGUAUCAGCCUUUUACGAAAUCGCCACGUUAUCUGAACCCUCUAAACGUUACUUACAUUGGCGGUUAUUGUUUUAAUUAGUGUUUACUAUACUCCUUGUAUUUGCUAUUAUUCCACACGGUAAAUCAUGGCUCGACUUCCUUAUUACGCGACAGUCAUUUUAAUUCCAUUUUCGGUUUGUUUGUAUGAGAUUCGGGCUUAUAAAAUAUCUAAACGUCCUCGAAAAUUCUCCACGAACAUAACCAUAGUUUUCGUAUAUGUUUUUAUUCACACAUCCAACUGUUACGCUAAUAAUACCUAAAUGAAUGUUCAGUGAAGCUGUCAGUAUACGUAAGGACGACGUUAUUUAGAUUUAACUUUAUAACACAUCCGAACUAUAGUAGUUAUUCUACUUCGAUGUCGUACUUUAAAUUAUGAAGUAUUGUUUCCUCGUGGCUGUUAUUUAACAGAUGAUUUCGGUACAUCAAUCGACUGUUCAACUACUCGACGAUUUAAAACCUGUCCAGGUCAACUGGUGGUCUGACAACAUUAUCAUUCGCGCGAAUCAUCAGUUCAUGCAGUCGAGCGAAUCUCCUGCAAACUGAAAACAUUGUCGCCUCUACUUCAUCACUGAAAACGUUUUUCACUGGUAUCAUUGACAAGAGUCCAGAGCGACACUCUUAGUUUCUUAUGUUCUUUUCGAUAUUUUUUUCUGUCCACUAACCGAACAAAAACGCAGCACUCACCGUUUAUCAUCUUUUAGAGACUUCAUCGUGCCGUCUUCGCUCAUGAUCUGUAGCCUUCAACCCUUACUGACUGUAACAGCAGACAUCCACUUUUCAAACUCUGACUACAAGUUGGUCAAUAGCUUCGCACAGCGAAAUCACGACAUCCCAGACAACCCAAAAAGGGGAAAUAAAGGGGUAAAUGCUUUGGUAACGAAAG